CAUUACCUUUCACUCUCACUCUUCAUCCUCUGCAAAUAGUCCGUCAACUACUCUUCAACAGAAUUAAUCCCUGUCGUGUCCUUACUGCUCGUCAGACGAAUGCUCGUUGCACCGGCGGAUGACCUACCUUAUCACAACAUGCAAACAACUGCGUCGGCGCAAAUGGACCGGGAGGACCAGAUGAGGCUUGCACGAUGCCAAUACCGUAUGCUCCAUAUGAAGCACAGCGACUACGAACCAAGCGACUUCAGGAGUGGCCGGGUGUCGAUUAUGAAGAAGGUCAUGGAGCUCUUCCCAAGCUUGGAACUGCCGGAGUACCUCCUCACCUUGGAGAGACUGGCGUACAUGGAGCAGGGGAGGCAUUUGCUCGAGGACCACGCUUAUGAGUUCAAGCAGCUUGCAUACACCCUCCCAUCCAAGUAUGAGUCGCUCACCGUGACCUGGUUCGUCCGCAGUGUGUCCGAUCGGGCCUCGAGAAAGAUCCUGAACGGGAUACUUGCUGCAUUUACCUGCACUGGGAUGGAUUGUAGUCUGGAGGAUAUUGUUCAGAUAGCAAUGGCUGUCGACGAGGUCGACAUAGACAAUCCCCAACCGAGGAACCCAACAGAACAGUCAGAAACCGACAUCAAGCUGCUCAUGGACGUGGUUGCUGUCCAGAAGAUUAUCAUCGAGACCCUGGCGGACCGACUUUCUCAGCUACAGACGCCGACUGAUGCACCAGUCGACGAUAUACAAGGCCUUGCCGAUCAGCAACCCUAUCAACCGCCGUCCGGGACACAGCCAGAGUGUCCAGCGCGUGCCCAGCAAUAGACUUGGUGCUCAGGAGCACUACUUAUUAGUGCGAGAUGGGGCAGCAAUUUCAAACUGAUACGUUACGAGAAUAACACCCUUCAUUCAUUUAUCUCUUUUCAUUCAUUCGAGAUAUGUAUGUACUG